AUGAAGCUGGUGGUACCCAAUGACGUACUUCUCUUGAUAGGAGAGCAGGUGGAACAUAACGCAGAUCGCUGGAACCUCAUUUUUGUCUCUCAUCACUUCCACGAUCUUUUCCUCCCGCUGGUAUACCGAAAGGUGUCUAUCCACCAUUGGCAAGACGCCAAUUCGUUCCUGCAUGCCAUAUUGAAACGACCUGCGCUGGCGCGGGCCGUUCAUGAACUAGACCUAACAAAAUGGCAAGCAAGAAGCGUAUCGGACGACGAGUGCAGCAAAAUUCAGACAUCGGCAUCGUUGAGGGCAUGGCUGGGAGAUAUUUCAUGCUCAACGCGCGAAAGUGAUCAAUGGGCCCAAGGUCUCGGACAAGGCCUUGCUGACGCCUGGGUUGCGCUCAUUCUCCCACUGUUGAGUCAGCUCAGGAAGCUUGCACUGGUCUAUACGACAAACUCUCCCCAUUUGGACCGGAUUAUGCAAAGAGCCGUGGAUUGCGAAAAGCCAUAUUCCGUCCAAACAGCCUUCCGGCACCUACGCAAGGUCUCAUUGCAUCAUCGGGAAUAUCUUGAUCGCAGCGAGCACCUAGACAAUGCGGGCGGCGAGACUCAAUUAUCAUCGACACUCCUCCUGUCAUUUUUCCAACUCCCAUCUGUUCGUGCAAUUACAGCCAACUCUGUAGUGGAUCCUAGCUCCACUACUUUAUCUUCUGAGGAACUGACGGAUGAUGAGAAGCCCCGCUUUGGUUUCUCUUCAAUCACCGAUAUUGAUCUGCGUGCAAGUAGCGGGAACCAUGGCAUGAAAACGUUGGUCAGUUCAUGCGCAGAACUGAAGUCAUUUAAAUACCAGCACUCCGACUCGCACGUUCUUUCUAAUGGCUACCAACCAUCCGCCUUCUAUCGCUCUCUGACCCACAGCAAAAAGAGCCUGCAAACACUGUGGCUAGACCACUACGGCAGCCACCACCCGUUCACCGCUGCCGGGUUGAAUCAAAACCACGACGAAUGGUUCGGCUCCCUGGUUGAUUUCACUGCCUUGCAAGAAGUGCGUGUGAGGCUGCCGAAUCUUUUAGAUAUUCGAUACCAGAACGAACCAACCACGCCUCUGAUAGAAUGUCUCCCAUCCUCGCUUGAGACUCUUUACAUCGAAGGAUGCGAGGAGCGAUAUCUCGGAAUGCUGGUUUCGCAAUUACAGACCGUGAUUAAAAGUCGCCAGACUCGUUUCCCUGGACUUGUGCGUGUCGAUAUCGAGGGCGCAUUCCACAACGUCCCCUCAGAUGACGAUGAUCAGGUUGCCAACUCCGGACCUGAAGUACUUGAAGCUGUGAUCAAGGACAAAGUAUAUCAGGCUGCGGAGCCUUUGCAUAUAGACUGUGUCAAUGCUGGGUUAGAGUUGCAUCUUCACGACCGUGAUCUGUUGCUUACUUGA